UUGGCGCAUAAAGCACACUGGGGAAGGCUGCUCAGUGUUUUUGUGACUGGCCCAAUCCAAGUUUGUCUCCAGUCUCUGAGAAAGACCUUUAUAAGCCCCUGACCCUGAAGCUCUGGUUCCACAUGCGGGAGGGUUCUGCAGCUGGUGAAACAGAGGAGGACUGCGGGACGCGGGAACGUUAAGGUCAUGUAAGUUGUAGAAAUGUGAGUGCAGUCAUAUUUGGAUGUUGACGGCUGGACCGACUCCUCCUGAACGCUGUUCUCCUCUUCAGCUUCACUCCAUCGCUGCCUGUACCAUGAACUGCACCGCUGUGGGCGGCUACUGUGGACCUCCGCUGUGGUACCAGUUCCCAGUGUGCGCCGAGGCCCCUUUCGGCUUCGUCUUCUACUUCGCGGUCAAGGUGUUCAACCUGGCGGUGGGGACGCCCUGUAACGUCCUGGUCAUGUGGCACAUCAGCAGCAAGAAGAGCGACGCGUCCACCUCCGACGCCUUCAUUUUCAACCUGGCCCUGCUGGACGCCUUCUUCUGCCUCACCACGCCCUUGGACCUGGUGAACCGCAUGUUGCUGGAGGACUCUCACCUUUGGUACUUUCAGAGGUUUGCGUAUGGGAUGAAGGACUUGGCGCCGCUCUUUCUGGUGUGCAUCUGUCUGGACCGUUACAUAGCUGUGGUCUUCCCGGUCCUGUUCACAAGCAUUCGUGACUCCAACGUCCGGACUGGGGUUUCUGUGGUGGUCUGGGGUCUGAUCCUGGCUUAUGGGCUAGGCAAGUGCAUCCUGGGAGACCCAAAAGUCAAUGGGAUCUUCAGUGGUGUCAUCCUCUUUGCCUUUGCGUUCAUGGUGUUCUGCAACAUCUCGGUGAUCUGGGUGCUCCGUCGCUCUGUUGCAGGAAAGGAAGUCAUGCACCCAGUGAAGAAGAAGGCCUUCAAAAUGGUGCUGAUGGUCUUGGUCAUUAUCAUUGCCACCUACCUACCAACUGUGGCUCUAAUGCCCUUUGUGUCCUACUACUCAUUCAUGGUGUUCAACUGCCAGAUCAGCAUCAGUGUGUACUCCAUCAUGGACCUGAGCUGCAGCAUCGAGCCUCUGCUCUAUCUCACAAAAAUGGAUCAUGUGGGAGGCAGCUGCUGCUGGCAGCGUCCGUCUAAGGAGCAGCAUGAUGCAAAAGUGUAAUCAGAGCCAAGCUCUGUAUAGAUUAGACUGAUUUAUAGCCAAUAAAGGUUUGGGAUAUUUUGCUUAUUGCUUGUAAC